UGUUAGAAACGCGUACACUUCCCAUCAUCCUCAGCUGCCAUAACGCAGACCAGGAAGAACCAAGGAUGUGACGCUAAUUCUUACAUGGUACACAGUGGUUGUAUUUUACAUGAUCAUAGCUGGGAUUUUGGCUAUAAUUCUAACCGUAUAUUCGAAACAAAAACGAAGUGACUGCGGUGGAGAGAGCGGUAAGAGAGGCAGGAUGAGUGGGGCUGCGCUGGGCAUUGAGAUAGUGGUGGUGUUCUUCCUGGCUCUGUUCCUGCUGCAUCGCUAUGCAGACUUCCGUAAGCAGCAGAGGAUGGUGCUGUUUGGCACCUUGCUGGCCUGGUACCUGUGUUUCCUCAUCGUCUUCAUUCUUCCUCUGGACAUCAGCACGACAAUCUACAAGCAGUGUAAGAUUGAUCAUGAGGAACAUCCCGCCGUACUCCCUGUGAUCCCACUGCUAUCCAAUCAAACAGCAGGAAACUCAACUAUGGCCACUGCCACUAAAAGUGUUCUAAAGGUGUGCUACGAGCCAUGGAGCUACAUUCCAGAUGGAAUCAUGCCUGUGUUCUGGAGAGUUGUUUACUGGACCUCUCAGUGUCUCACCUGGCUGCUGCUGCCCUUCAUGCAGUCCUAUGCACGCUCAGGGGGCUUUUCCAUCACUGGGAAAAUAAAGACUGCACUGAUAGAGAAUGCUAUUUAUUACGGAACGUACCUGCUCAUCUUCGGCUCACUGCUUAUCUACGUGGCCGUUCAUCCUCAGUGGCACCUCUCCUGGUAUGAGCUGCAGACAAUAGGCAUCACUGCAGCCAACACCUGGGGUCUGUUCCUGCUGGUGCUGUUGCUGGGUUACGGCCUGGUGGAGAUUCCGCGCUCCUAUUGGAACGCCUCGCGGCGGGGACACCUGCUCAUCAAGACCUACUUCAAGGCAGCCAAGCUGAUGACGGAGAAGGCUGAUGCACAGGAGAACCUAGAGGAUGUCAUGGAGGAAGUGCGAAAGGUCCAAGAAUCCAUCAAGUACAACCACCCACUGAGGAAGUACAUCGAUACUGUUCUUAGAAAGUGCCCUGUGGACUACCAGGAGAAGAUGGGCAGAAACAUGGAUGACUAUGAGGACUUUGAUGACAAACAGAACACCUAUCCCAGUGAGAAGAGCCUGGUGAAGCUUCACAAACAAGUAAUUUACGCAGUGCAGAGACACAACCGGACCCGUGUCCAGUGGCUGAUCCUCCUGCAGCAGGCUAUGCACCUGGAGGACGUGGCCAAGAAUGAGACCAGCUCAGCCCACCAGUUUGUCCACAGCUUCCCCUCCACAGAACCAACUAGCUGGCUCAGCCGAUACUUUUACACCCCUACCGUAGAGUGGUACUGGGAGUGCCUGCUGAAACAUUGGUUCUACCGGCUGCUGGCUGUGGUGUUGUCUCUGUUUUCUGUGGCCGUGGUGUGGUCUGAGUGCACCUUCUUCAGCACCCGACCCGUCCUCUCUCUCUUCGCUGUCUUCAUCCAGCUCGCUGAGAGAGACUACAACUACUUGUACAUUGAGAUGGCGUGCUUCAUCACCAUCUUCUUCCUGUGCACCUGUGUUUACUCCACUGUGUUCCGGAUCAGAGUGUUCAACUACUACUACCUGGCCUCCCACCACCAGACUGACGCCUACAGCCUGCAGUUCAGUGGCAUGCUGUUCUGCCGUCUGACCCCUCCUCUGUGUCUGAACUUCCUGGGUCUGAUCCACAUGGACUCUGCUAUCUCCCACCAACAGAAGGAGCAGACGGCCUACACCUCUAUCAUGGGUUCUAUGAGGGUCCUAUCGUUCAUAGCUAAUGGCUUCUACAUCUAUUACCCCAUGCUCAUAUUGCUGCUCUGCAUCGCUACCUACUUCAGCCUGGGCACCCGCUGUCUGAACCUCCUGGGCUUUCAGCAGUUUGUGGGAGACAAUGAAAUGACCUCUGACCUGAUCGAUGAGGGCAAGGAGCUCAUUCGGCGAGAGAAAAGAAAGCUCCAAAGGAUUGAGGAUGGAGAGAACCGACGAAGGGAGUGGAAAGAGCGCUAUGGUAACACCCGGGAAGACACCGCCAGGAAUAGGAUUAGAAAUGAAGCAGCUGAAAUGACAGAGACCAGCUACUCCGAUACUGUCCCUAACACUAGACAGGCCAAGUACUCUCGGACUGGCAGAGGAACAGAGAGAGACUCUAUAGAACUUCUCCAGGAUGCAGAGCCUUUGGACUUCAAUGCAGAGACCCUUUCAGACGACCCUCUUGAAUCAGGUUCCACCAGACAUGUACCAGGCAGGUACCUGUCCAUGUCCUCGUCACGGAGCAGAAUCUUUGAUGACGUUUGAGAGAAGUAGAGAGGGGAAGUCGAAGGAACAGGAAAGCUAGAACCACACGUUCAUUUUCAUCCUCCACUUUUCAGGGAAGACCAUACGAAGGAGAGACGCUCUCUCAACCUCUGUGAAUGUAGCAAGCACAUGACCUCUAUCUCACACUACACUGUUGGCCUGAUGUAUCUGCUACCCUUCGUUUCCAAUAGCUUGUCGCCUGUCAGAACACUCCAGUGGCUGUUAAUAUACACUUCCCCAUUAGGCAGAUAGCUGUCCUCCCAGUGCCAGCCAGUGUGCAUCAUGUCAUGAAUGCAUGAACCUGUACCCUAUUUGGGCUUAUCAUUGUUAAUCCGUUUUGUUAUUUCAUUUGUUACUUAUGUGCAUGAAUUUCUAUUAAAGGUCCUCUGUUCAUUUGAUACCCACUGGGAUGUGUCUUCCAUCAGAAAUCUGGUUGACGGGUUGAGCGAAUUGUUUUUUUUUGUUGAGAAGAUAAGUAAUUAACACUAAUGAAGGAUAUUGUGGAAGGGGGAGACUUAUACAAUACCGUUCAAAAGUUUGGGGUCACUUAGAAAUGUCACUUAGAAAUGUCCACUUUUUCUUUGUCCAUUAAAAUAACAUCAAAUUGAUCAGAAAUAGAGUGUAGACAUUGUUAAUGUUGUAAAUGACUAUUGUAGUUGGAAACGACAGAUUUUUAUUGGAAUAUCUCAUAGGCGUACAAGAGGCCCAUUAUCAGCAGCCAAUGUGUUCCAAUGGCACGUUGUGUUAGCUAAUCCAAGUUUAGCAUUUUAAAAUGGCUAAUUGAACAUUAGAAAACCCUUUUGCAAUUAUGUUAGCACAGCUGAAAAACUGUUGUCCUGAUUAAAGAAGCAAUACAACUGGCCUUCUUUAGACAAGUUGAGUAUCUGGAGCAGCAGCAUUUGUGAGUUCAAUUACAGGCUCAAAAUGGCCAGAAACAAAGCUCUUUGUAUUCUUGUUCUGAGAAAUUAAGGCUAUUCCACGUGCUAACAUAAUUGCAAAAGGGUUUUCUAAUGUUCAAUUAGCCAUUUUAAAAUGAUCAACUUGGAUUAGCUGACACAGCGUGCCAUUGGAACACAUGAGUGAUGGCUGCUGAUAAUGGGCCUCUGUACGCCUAUGUAGAUAUUCCAUGAAAAAAUUCUGCCGUUUCCAGCUACAUUAGUCAUUUACAACAUUGACAAUGUCUACACUGUAUUUCUGAUCAAUUUGAUGUUAUUUUAAUGGCCAAAAAAUGUCCUUGUUUUUUAAAGAAAAGCACAUUUCUAAGUAACCCCAAACCUUUGAAUGGUAGUGUGUGUGUGUGUGUGUGUGUGUGUGUGUGUGUGUGUGUGUAUAUAUCUCUUUUUUUAAUGCGUUUAUAUUUAUCUCCUAAAAGUUCCUAACUACCUACUUAUUUAACUGUGCCAGAAAAAUAGAAAUAGUGGAACAAAUGAUCAAUGUUUCAAUGAAUUAGUCUUGUGUUGUCACUUGUCAGUCUUGUAGAAUUCUAUGAUUUCUGGUUUAUGGAAGGAUGGACAGUUGCUUGGGACUGUUUCUGAAGCUGCUACCAUAGAAACCAAGUGUACAGUAGACAGUCCUCUAUUUCUUGUAUAAUCUAUGUGAUCCAGCCCAUACUGAGCUAACACGCAUGGUGUUUAUACUGCCCACAGAGCUGAAUACUAACUUGAGAUGUGUGUUGUUAACUCACAUUAUUUGUGCAAGGGAAUUGAUGUCAGAUUAGUGCAAAUCGGAACUCAAGUUGGAAUUCGGCCCAUAACGCUAGAGAUGUUGUUGCAAUUGGAGGUCAACUGAUACAGCUGUUAUGUAUUGUUAUGUAUACUCUCUUUUCUAUUCCUGAUGUCAGAAUGACCUUAAACUUUUUGUGUUUGAGAAUUUAUUUGUUUAAAUUCUGUUGAAAGGCCUGUUUAAAAAAAAAAAUUGGCAAUAUUGUGUCAUUGACCGCUGGACAUUUAGUAAACUAUUUAGAAUUGUAGGUGUUAAAGAAUCUACUGAAGUCUUUUUGGGGUAUCAUUGUGCCAUUUUAAUGUUUUUAUUUGUGUUUAUUCGGCUGCAUUACGAAAAUGGCAAAUGCACAUUUUCCCAAUUAUGAUUCCAUUUUUGGUUUUAAUUACUUGGCUCAAUCAACAAAAACAAGUGACCUUCAAAUGUCUUACUUUUUAAAUAUUUAUCCUUACAUUGAUCAAGAGGUCUUGCUGGCAGGUACAGCAAAGCAACAGGCCAUUUACAUCUCUGAAAUACUGUACAUUCCCAAACAUCUUUCAAGGCAGGUUCCCAAAAGACGGACUGCACAAUGUGUCAACAUGGAAGAACUACUGUACGAGCUCUAGUUGGAUUGAGUAAUUCAGAUGUAACACACACACACACACACACACCAUAGCAUGCAGGUUAAAUGCAUGAUAUUCAUAUUUGAAGGAGAUAGACAAUUAUCCUAAAAUCAUGUUAAAUUAUAAUUCAAUGUAAUCUGCUGUAAAUAAUAUUUUAGAUUUAACCAGAAAAGUCUCUUUCCAUGUCUUUGUUAAUGAUGCACUGUUGUAUAUUUUGUUUGCUUUUUUGUUUUGUUUUAUAUUGUUCUUUUAAUAUAGCAGACAGAAAAGGUCAACACAUGUACAACAUGCUAUUUAUUGUAAAUGAAUUGAACUACAUCUGUUUAGAAUCCCAUUUACCUUAAUCUCCUUAAAAUCUCUGUAAGAAAUUAAUGAAAGUUCCUAAUGAAUUAUACUGUAGUGUUAGUGAGAUGGGUAACCUCACACUGAUGAUUUUGGUGAAGACGUUUUUGCUUUGUAUCUUGAAAUAUAUUAUGUACAGGUAUAUUUCAUUUUCUUUGCACAUGUACUCUGAUGCUGGAAUGUUAUAAUUUAUUAAACCCAGGUGUUGGACCUCUGUGGUUUUUUAAAAAUGUAGUAUUUAGACUAAAGUGUUGUGGAAUGAAAUAAAACCUCUUAAUUAUG